AUGUUUACAGAGAACUACAUGAACGGGCUAUUAAAUGAAGCUAUUAGAAAUGAUCCGGCAUUAUGUCCAAACGGUUGUGGUCGAUCAUAUAAAGGAAUACACCGCAAAGGCAUUCUUAAACACCAUUUGAUUUAUACAUGUGGUGUUAACCCACAAUUCAAGUGUAUAAUUUGCAAAAAACAAUUCAGACGUAACCAGUCUUUAAAAUAUCAUAUGGCUUCUGUUCACAAUCAAAUAUAGAUUUAACAAAAUCCAAUGUAACUUCUUCAAAUAAAAUGUAUUUUUACAGUUCAGUAUAUUAGAUUUCAAUUAAUAAUGAAGACACGUUUGUUUUAUUUUUUUAAACAGUAAAACAAACUUUAUUAUUUAAUAUUUGCCUCACCUUCAGUCAGACCUGAUGAUUCCCGAGUGACACGAUACGUUUGAGGCCAAAAGAGUGUCUAAAAUAAUCAGGACUAACUACCGGGAAACUUUCUAUAGGGAACUGCGGCAUAAUCAGCUCCGCGGGUCGAUCCUUAGCUAAUGCAGACCUGGACGGUGCUGGAGUAGGCUCAGGUUGUGUCACCCACGAACACCUGAUGUAAGUAUAUCCGGGUUCAGAUUCCCUGUGAUUACUAAGCCGUUACGUGAGCAGGACUCACCGUGAGAUGUUCUUUAAACUCACUUAAAUAACGAUGGGUCUCAGCUGUUUUAACCAGUUCCUCCACAGGAUCGCCUGUGUGCUUCCACUGUGAAUUACCUAACCUUUACGCCGUAAGGAGGACGAUUUGCUCCACACUCACAUUCGCUGCGAAGCGUUCAAUAGUGAACGGGAACAUAUCGUUCAUGUGAUUAGAACCUUCGACCCGGGUGGACUAGGCCCGACAACGCUGAAAAACCCGGACAACUCAAAAGUAUUCCUAUGUGGCGUAUGUAAUGCCGGUUUAAAAAAAAAAAGAGAGACUAAGUAUAUAAUAACAGCAUACUUGCUUAAAAUUUAAACUUAAAAUGUUGAAUUUAAGUUAAAUAAUUAAUUUAAUAAACCCAAACUUAGUUUUAUGUAAAAUGAACAUUAAUACCUUGAUCCUUUCAAUUAACGUAAACACUGACAUAUGCAUGUUUAUAUAUUUUAUGCUGCGCAGUGAGACUUAAAUUGUGUUUGUAUUAAAUUAAACACUUUGUUAUUAAAUUUCCAGACAAUCACAUGAACCAGUUAGUCAAUGAAGCCUCUAAAUACGAUCCAGCAAUUUGUCUAAACCAUUGUGGUCAAUCAAAUAAAAGUAUACAGCACAAAGACCAUCUGAAAUACCAUUUAAUUUAUGUGUAUGGUGUUACCCCACAAUUCAAAUGUACAAUUUGCCAAAAACAACUACGACAACGUCAGAAUUUAAAUUAUCAUAUGGCUAUUGCUCACAGCCUACUCCCGAUUGAAUAA